CUCAUUUUCAUGACCUCUGUAAACAUCACCGUCUCCGACCAAUCCCCGACCUGGGAGUACUCACCCGAACGCGAAGGCGCGUCGAGCUCAGGAUGGUCGAGCGAUUUUUCACCUGAACCACCAUACGAUCCAACGCAUGCCUCGUCCAACCUUGCAUCUGGAGUAUCCUCCCACACCACCACACUCUCUGGCGCGACAGCCCGUUUAUCUUUUGUGGGGACCGCCGUCUCUAUCUAUGGCGCAGGCACUAGUGGCGCUUAUUCAACAACACUCGACAAUGGCCCCGAAGAUGCUGGUAACCCAUCAGGCUCGCUACUUGCAACAUACGGGGCCUUGAACGGAAGCGUAAUGCAUACUAUAACGCUCAAAGCUACUCAGGGACAGUCUUUGACUCUGUCCCAUGCUGAAUUUGCUGUUCGAUCCAACAUUGCAUCGAACUCCAUAUCCAAUUCGACGGUGGUUGCGGUAACCGCUGGACCGAAUAACACAUUUACCACAAAUUCCUUCUUCAGCACAACGGGAACUGGCAUCGCCAACUUUCACCAGGAUGCUGGAUAUACCCGUAUCGAUACCAACGGCGCAGGAUCGACUCUAGAAUUUUCUUGCUCCAAAACGUCUGCCCUUUUCGUAUAUGGAACGAGUAAUUGGGACCAUCAAACCUACUCAGUCGAGCUCAAUCCCCCUGGAGCUUCUCGAGGAGCCCGAAUAUUCAACGCCACCUCUAAGUGGUUUGUGUUGGACAACCUUGUUUAUUUCGAGUCCGGCCUUGACCCAGCACAAACCUACAAUAUCAAAAUGACAAACCUGAUCCAAGGCUCCUAUCUUGAUAUUCACAGUGUCCUCAUGAUGAAUCUGCCCCCACUCAGCAGGGAUCCCAGUUCAUCUGGGUCCCCGCCACCCUCAACCUCCAAUCCUUCGCUCCCCUCAACCUCAAAGUCAUCCAACACUGGUCAAAUUGUUGGUAUUGCGGUUGGCGCUGUCGUAAUCGUUGCUGCGUUAUUAUUGUUCGGUGUGCUAUGUUUGCGUCGCAGAUCUAGAAAACGGGCUGAAAGGGAUGCGAUGUCCAUGAAUGGCAUGCUGGUAACCCCCUUCGAUGACCAGUCACACUCACAGAUGACGCCAGCACAAAGCAAUUCACUAUCGAGCACCAACAUGAUGACGGUUAACAGUGACAACCAAUACGCCGCUUACCGCGACGGAUAUACCUACAGCACCUAUUCAGCCUCGACGCGCGAUGUCCCCCAGCCUCCACAAGUCCCCUACUCAGAUGAUUCAAGCACACCACGCACUUCGGGUGAUUUCGAUCCCUAUUCAGACGGGCGUUCAAUGCGCCCGCCCCAACAGCCCUUCGCCUCUGGAACUGCAAGCAUUGGCGCCAGCAUGAUUGCGUCUGCUUCUUCCUCUGCCUCAGCCAGUCGGAUAGCUGGGCCACUUCCUGAAAAACAUGCCCGCAUGCCAAGCGACGACGGCGCGAGUUCGCGGCGGAUACGACAAGAAGUAGAUGCAGGUCGAGUAGUCCCUGAAGAGGAGGCCUUGCCACCCACUUAUGAUCCAAAUUGGUCAAGACAUUGA